AUGAGCCAAGCGACUUCGACCGCAAGCACCGAGUGCUUCUUCAACGGCUGCACCAACAGCGUCAUGCACGGCUCGUGGAAGUGCGAGUUCCACAAGAACCGCGCCAAGUGCACAGGGUCGUCGUCGUGCCACAACCAGGUCUUUGCUCGCAACCUCUGCGUGCGCCACGGCGGCAAGAGCC